AUGGCGCCGUCAAUCGAGCCCCUCCACACCACCACGCCCGCCGCUAAAUCCACUAUCCUCGAGCAAAUCGGCAAUAGUCCCCUCGUCCGCCUGAACAAGAUCCCGCAGUCCCUCGGCAUCGAGGCACAAGUAUGGGUCAAGUGCGAGUUCUUCAAUGCCGGCAGCAGCGUCAAAGACCGCAUCGCCCUGCGCAUGAUCGAGAAGGCCGAGCAGAGCGGCAGGAUAAAGCCAGGCGAUACACUGAUUGAGCUACAAGCGGCAACACAGGCAUUGGCCUCGCACUCCAUUCGACAGCCUGAAUCACACAUCGGCGUGGCUCGCAGACUACAGAAGGAGAUCCCCAACGCCCAUAUCCUCGACCAGUACGGCAACCCGGACAACCCACUCGCCCACGAGCACGGCACUGCGGAGGAGAUGUGGACGCAGACCGAGGGCAAGAUCACUGCUGUCGUGGCCGGCGCAGGCACAGGCGGCACGAUCACCGGCAUAGCGCGUGGCCUGCAAAAGCACAACAAAGACAUCAAGAUCAUUGCUGCCGAUCCCAAAGGCUCUAUCCUCGCUCUCCCUUCAACCCUCAACGACGACGGCGCCAACGAGGCGUACAAAGUUGAGGGCAUUGGCUACGACUUCAUUCCAGACGUCCUCGACCAGCAGCUCGUCAACACCUGGUACAAGACCAACGACCGUGACUCCUUCCACUACGCCCGCCGCCUGAUCGCCGAAGAAGGCCUGCUGGUUGGCGGCUCGUCUGGCUCCGCGAUUGCCGCCCUCGUUGCCGCCCAUCGAGACGGACAUUUCACGAAAGACGACGUCGUGGUCGUCGUUCUGCCGGACAGCAUCCGCAGCUACCUCUCGAAAUUCGCCGACGACGACUGGCUCGCCGCGAAUGACCUACUCCCUCCCACACCACCCGCCGAGCCAGCUUCACCACUUAAGCGCACAACAUCCCACAAAGAAGCAAAUGAUCCGUUUUCCGGCGCCACCGUCCGUGCUCUCCGACUCAAGCCAAUCCAGACCAUCCCCGGGGACAGCACGUGCGCGUCUGCGAUCGAAGUCAUGCGCGACAAGGGUUUUGACCAGCUUCCCGUGACAUCAAAGAAGGGCAAGCGAUUGAUCGGACUGGUCACGCUGGGCAACUUGCUGUCGAGGAUAUCGCAUGGCCGUGCCAAAGCGAACAGUCCCGUGUCGGAGGUCAUGUUCGACUUCAGCAAUAUCUCGGAAGUGGUGACUGAUCCAAGGGAUUUCGGGUCCGGCUUGAAGGGGAAGUCUGCUGGUCAGAACGGCGAGACGAAUGGUACAAACGGUCACCAUGAGUCCAUUAAGGGAGGACGAAAGAAAGAAUUCGCAGAGAUCACGAUGGACACGCCACUGAGCGCGCUGAAUCGAUUUCUGGAGUACCAAAGCGCUGCGAUUGUAACCGAGAGAGACCAGUCCGCUAUAGGAGGCAGCAAUAAGGGUGCAUUGAAGCCCAUCGGGAUAGUGACCAAAGUCGACUUGUUGACGUGGAUGGUGAGCCAGCAUAAGAUUUGA